GUUUCAAGUGAAUUACUUACUUACACUUUUCACACAAAUAUUACAUAAUCCUGUGUAACAUUUUUCCACACAAAAUCAAUUCCAUUGGAAAGUUUAAUACAUUUUGAUUAGUGAUAUAUAUAUAUUUUGCAAUUUGAUAGGAAAAUAAAGUUUCCUAAAAAAUGAUGGACUAUCCCGAUCCAGAUGCCGGUUAUGUGGAUGAAGAUGAAGAGGAGAUCCCGAUGGCUGAGCGAGAAUUGGCCGAAGAUGCUGAAUGGAAACUUAUUCAAAAGAAUACAUUCACUCGAUGGGCAAAUGAACAUUUAAAACCGAAAAAUGUUACUGUUGAUGAUUUACAAUUUGAUUUAGCUGAUGGUCUUCGGUUGAUUGCAUUAGUUGAAUCAUUAUCUGGUCAACAAUUUAAACAUGUCAAUAGAAAACCAAGUUUUCGUACACAGAAAUUAGAAAAUGUUACAAUGGUUUUAAGAUUUCUAGAAGAGAAUGAAGGUCUUCGACUAGUCAAUAUAGACAGUUCAGAUAUUGUUGAUUGUCGUAGUAAACUAAUUCUUGGCUUGAUCUGGACUCUUAUUUUACACUAUUCAAUAACAAUCCCACUUUGGGAAGGUGAACCUGAUUUUGGAGCUCAAGGUCCAACACCGAAACAACGUCUUUUAGCAUGGUUAAAUAAUAAAUUAGCUGAUAGACCAGUGAAAAAUUUCACAACAGAUUGGAAUGAUGGUAUCGCCAUCGGUGCAUUGGUUGAUGCAUGUGCACCAGGUCUAUGCCCGGAUUGGCGUGAAUGGGAACCGAAACAAAAUCUUCGCAAUGCUCGCGAAGCAAUGGGUGCAGCUGAACAAUGGUUAGAUGUUCCACAAUUGAUACGUCCAGAAGAGAUGACUAAUCCUAGAGUGGAUGAAAAAGCUAUGAUGACUUAUUUAAGUCAAUUUCCUAGUGCUAAACUUAAAGAUGGUGCACCUUUACGACCAAAAUCUAAUCCUGGUCUUGUUCGAGCUUAUGGUCCUGGUCUUGAACCACAUGGAAAUACUGUCGGGAAUCCUGCACGAUUCACUAUUGAUACAUUCAGUGCUGGUCGAGGUGCUGUUGAAGUGAUUGUAUUGAAUCCUAAAGGACAAAGAGAACCAUGUGAUGUACUUAGUAAUAAUGAUAAACAACAGACUUAUUCAUGCGCUUAUGUUCCAACACAAGAAGGUGAAUACAGAGUUAUUAUUAAAUUUGCUACAAAAGAAAUUUUAAAUUCACCAUUCAAAGUUAUGAUCGAAGGUGCACAAGGUGAUGCAAGUAAAGCAACUGCAUCUGGUCCUGGGAUUGAACCGACUGGGAAUCAAGUUGGUCGACGUACAUUCUUUAAUAUAUUCACUGCUGCUGCUGGACCUGGAAAUGCCGAUUGUGUCAUUCUAGAUCCGCAUGGUCGACGUGAUACCAUCAAACCAUUGAUAACUCGUCAAGGUGAAGAUAAUUAUCUUGUAGAAUAUACACCAAAAGAUGAAGGUCUUCAUUCAGUCAAUGUAUUUUAUGCUGGUCAACAAAUAUUGAAUUCACCAUUCGGUGUAAUGGUUGGUCCACCCUGUGAUCCAAAACAAGCUUAUGCUACAGGUCGUGGAAUUCAACCACAAGGUAUACGAGUCAAAGAUUUGGCUGACUUUAAAGUACAUACAGAAGAUGCCGGUGAAGGUCCAUUGGAAGUGUCUGUUAUUGCUCCAGAUGGUAGAGGAAUUCCAUGUACCAGCCGAAAAACUGGUGCCUAUCUAUUCGAUUGUAGUUAUACACCACAAAGACCAGGUACACAUCAAGUAAAUGUACGAUAUGGUGGAGAUCAUAUUAUGCUUAGUCCAUUCACAGUGGAAGUUGCUCCUUACAAAGAAUCACGUAUAAGAGCAUUUGGUCCAGGUCUUGUCGGUGGUGUUGUCAAUAAACCAGCUGUUUUUGUCGUGGAAACAAACGGUGAAACGGGUGCUCUAGGCUUUUCCAUUGAAGGUCCAAGUGAAGCAAGAAUCGAUUGUACUGAUAAUGGAGAUGGAUCAGCUACAGUAGCUUAUUGGCCAACAGCACCUGGCGAGUAUGCAGUUCAUAUUUUAUGCAAUGAUGAAAAUAUACCGAAAUCACCGUUUAUGGUCCCAAUUGAACCAGAUAUGGGUAAAUGUGAUCCAGAAAGAGUUAAAGCACAUGGACCAGGUAUAAUGCCGACUGGAAAUGUUGCAGGUCAACCAACUGAAUUUACUGUGGAUAUUAGAGAUGCUGGUGGUCCAGCACCACUCACGGUGGAAUGUAGAGAUAAUGAAGGUGAACCAGUAGCGCUGAAAGUUCGUGAUAAUGGUGAUGGUACUUACACGUGUAGUUAUACGCCGAAAGUUCCUAAAAAACACACAGUACUUGUUUCUUACGGUGCUGUCAAUAUACCUAGAAGUCCUUUCAGAGUUGAAGUAGCUGAACCUAGUAAUCCAGGAAAAGUACGCGUUUUUGGUCCAGGUGUAGAAAAUGUUACAAGAGGUCAACCAACUUAUUUCACAGUUGACUGUAAACAAGCUGGACAUGGCAAUGUUGGCAUUAGUGUAACAGAUGAAGCUGGACGUGAUGUAGCAAUGGAUACACAAGAUAUGCGUGAUGGAACAUUUAAAGUUGCUUAUACAGCUAAUACACCUGGCCCGUAUUAUACUGUACAAGUAUUUUUCAAUAAUCAAGAAGUACCACGUAGUCCAUUUAAAGUACCUGUGAAACCAAAUAUAGAUAUGUCGAAAAUUCAUGUUGAAAAUCUGGAACCAAAUAUCACUACUGGUGUGCCGACUGAGUUUGAUGUCAUCACUGCUGGUGCAGGUCCACCAAAUAAUAGUAAACCAAAACCAACUGUAACAGUGAAAUCUCCGAAUGGUAUGCGUGUACCAUGUACUUUAGCUGAAAGUGUUGAUGGUUAUACACCUUCGUUUACACCGACUGUUGUUGGACCACAUACUGUUGCUGUAGAAGUUGGAGGUGUACCAGUUAAAGGUAGUCCAUUUCGUACAAAUGCUAUUCCACCGGCUACAUUACAAGAACCUAUUUAUCCAAAAGAUUUUGCACGUCAACAAGCUAGUUCAGCACCAAUGUCUGGACCUGAAGCAGCCGGUUUAGUUCGUGCAUAUGGUGAUGGACUUUAUCGUGCAACAGCCGGGAAACAAGCGAAAUUUACCAUUGACAGUCAAGAUGCUCCACCUGCUCCACUAAGUGUUACAAUUGAAGGACCUGCUGAAGCUAAAAUCAAUUACAAUGAUAACGGAGAUGGAACAUGUGGUGUAGAUUAUUUACCAACUGAACCUGGACCAUAUGUUGUCAAUGUUUUAUAUAAAGAUACACAUAUUAAAGGAAGUCCAUUCCCUGUUAGAGUAGCUCCACUUGGUAGAGAACAUAUUGAUAUAUCUCGAGUUCAUGCCUACGGUCCUGGAUUACAACCUACUGGUGUUUUCAAAGAAUCAUUUGCUAAAUUCACAGUUGAUGCUAAAACAGUUGAUCCACAAGGUAGAGGUAUAGUCAAAGCGAUUGUUGUUAGUCCGAAUAAACAAAGAACAGCAUGUUUAAUACAAAACAAUGGUGAUGGAACUUAUAAAUGUAGUUAUUCACCAAUAGAUGAUGGCUUACAUCACGUUGAAGUUACUUAUGAUGGAGCUCCGGUACCUGGUAGUCCAUUCCCAGUUAAUGUUGCUCCUGGAUGUGAUCCAACAAGAGUGAGAGCUUACGGUCCAGGUUUAGAAGGUGGACUUACUCAUGAAAUGCAAAGAUUCACAGUUGACUUAGAUGGUGCAGGUCAAGGUGCUCUUGGAUUAGCUUUAGAAGGUCCUGCUGACGCUCAAAUACAAUGUCAAGAUAAUAAGGAUGGAACAUGUACAGUGGACUACUUACCAACACGGGCAGGAACAUAUGACAUUUUUGUUAAAUUUAAUGACAGGAAUAUUCCAGGUAGUCCAUUUCAAGUUCCAAUACGAGAUGUGGUUGAUCCAACUCGUGUACGUUGUUACGGUCCAGGUUUAGAACCUAGAGGUGCUCGAGCACAACAACCAGCUCAAUUUACUGUUGAUGCUUCACAAGCUGGAGAUGCGCCUAUUCAACAUUCAAAUCAGUUCACUUUUGGUCAACAGAAUUCUAUAGCUGAUAACUAUCGACUAGCCAUUUUAUUCAAUCAUGAAAAUCUAUGA